UCGAGUAUAUUUGACUACGUUUUUAUCGAAGGGACAUAAAUAAACAUUGUAUUAUACGAUGGACAAACUUGGUUUCGUUAACAGUUUAAUACAUUAAUUCCGUAAUUAAAAUAAAUACUUUUCGUAGUUACCGACGCAAGCGGAAAAAUUGCUUCUAGAGUUACAGGUCCUGGUGUUCUAGUUUAUGGAGACAGAAACGCUUCCGGUCCCUCGCGUGUAGUUUCUCUUGGUUCUGUGGACUCUACCUUGUGUUCCGGGUGUUUUGUUUCCCCCCACGUUCUCGGCUGAUACCAUGCGUUCGCUGCCCGGUUUCUUCAUUGUUUUCGGUUGUGCUACUUUCUAUUUGUAUAUACUAAGCACCAAGCUGAGGCCAGGACGAGGGCAAGAAGUUGAUAGGUCACUGGUCUUUCCAUCGGAUCUAGAUGAGCUGCAAGAGCUGGCAGACUUCCUGCUCUACUACAAGAGGGAGCACCAAUCAUAUGUCUUGCUUCUGUUUUGCAGUGCCUACCUUUAUAAGCAAACGUUUGCCAUCCCUGGAUCCAGCUUCCUGAACAUGCUGGGUGGAGCUCUCUUUGGUCCAUGGCUUGGCCUUUUCCUCUGCUGCACACUUACUUCACUGGGUGCCACAUGCUGUUACCUGCUGUCACAAGCUUUUGGCAAACAGAUUGUAGUGCAGUACUUCCCUGACAAAGUCUCUAUGCUACAGAACAAGGUUGAAGAGAACCGGAGCAGCCUUUUUUUCUUCCUUCUCUUUCUGCGAUUGUUUCCAAUGACUCCAAAUUGGUUCCUGAAUCUCACAUCUCCUAUCCUGAACAUCCCUGUUGGGCAGUUUUUCUUCUCUGUUCUUAUAGGUCUCCUGCCCUAUAACUUUAUCUGUGUUCAGACCGGGUCAAUCCUAUCCCAGUUGAAGUCAUUGGAUGAUAUGUUCUCUUGGUGGACAUUACUUAAUCUGCUGGGAAUUGCAUUGGUUGCUCUGAUCCCAGGCACAAUUGUUAAGAGGUAUAAUUGCAAGAAACUUGGCCUGGACAAGACGGAUCAUUUUAUGAAUGGCAAAAAGUCCACGUGAAGACCUUCAAAUUACGUUGUGUGUAGUGAACAAAUCUUUUCAUGUGUAAAACUAUAAUUAUGUAAUCCUUCUGCUGUUAGAGGGUCCUGCAAUAUGUAAUUGUCCUUCUGAAUCUGGAAGACUAUCAACAUGAACAGUCUUAAACUCCUAUUCUUUGUA